CAUCCAUGUCCACGACGUUUGCUCACACUCCUUUCGCGUACGUUCAGUUUUUCAAGUCGCUGUCGCGUAUGGAACAACUAUAAGCUGGCAGCACUAGAUCGGCGAUGGUGCUCUCCAGGCCCCCGGCUGCACGCUUCUAUGCCGCCUUCUACAGAUGGAGUUGUUAUACGCAACGGCCGUUGCCAUGUUCUCUUUCCCCACAAUACAACCGGGGCAAACCGAGCUAUGCGUCCAAUCUUCGCAGCUACCGCGCGACUUCCCUCCUCCGACAACAGGACGAGCCUGAAUCGCAAUCACAGACUGGAGGAGUGAAUUUGGUCGUUGAAGACCGGCCUGCUAUCCCUUCGCAGGAACCACCAACUGAGCAGGACAUUCCACAGUCGGGGGAUGAGGGCACGCCGACGAUUCUCGACUCACACCUCGAGACACAACAGUUGCAAACUCAGGUCCGCACCCUGAUGCGCAAAGUGCCCGGCUCGGUUGCCAUCAUUACCGUUGCGAGUCUCGACCCAACUACGGGGAAGCAUGUUCCUAUGGGGGUCGCCGUCUCUUCCUUGAGCACUGUCACACUGGACCCUCCCACCAUAUCUUUCAACCUGAAGCAUCCGUCCCAGACCCUUGACGCCAUUCGAGCUUCAAAAGGCCUCUUUCGCGUUCAUUUCCUUGCAGCGGAGAGGGGCGGUGCCAAUAUGGUAGACCUCUUCUGUCGUGGAAACCAUCCUGAUGCAUACACGCAACGGCUAAAAAACUCGAGAAUAUUGGUCCCGAGGCCCGGUCUCAACGCCUUGUCUUCGCAAUCGUAUGCGCCACAGCUAUAUGGCGAUGCUAUACGUGCGGCGAUGGAGUGUACAUUGACCCACGAGCUUUCCGUCGCAGACCAUGUAAUCCUUGUUGCAAAAAUCACUAGCUUGGACUCCAAGAUUUCAAAAGACCCUACACUUGUCUACGUUGAUGGCGGGUUCAUGCGCGCAGAUGGAACCAAGAUAUCAGGUUAUGGAAGAGCCAAAGCGUCGUCACUGACACGUACCUGGUCGGCUUGGGAUUAUCCGUUGUUUCCAGGGGACUCGGAACGAAUUGACUAUGUAAAUCGAAUCAAGUCAAUGAUCGAAGAGCGUCCUGAAGAUUUCAACAUGCCAGAGAGAGAAAUUCGUCAAAAACUGGAGAGCACUCUGCCCGUAUCUCCAAAAAUGUUUGGCAUCAACCUGGCCCUACUCAUUUCCCAGUGCAAAAAGAAAGCGGGUCAGAAGAACGAAGACAAAUUGAGUACUACACAACAAGAUUUACCUGUCCUUGCCGAGUUCUAUGGCCGACUCACUCCUUCCCAAACAGGAAGGAUUAUUGAUCGUGCGAGAGCUUUGCUGAAAGAAGACUUGCAAUUUCUGGACAUUGAAUAUGUCCAACUUCUGCAGCAUUUGGGUGUUAGUCCUGCCAACACCAGUAUUCUACCUAGCGAUAUUUUGAACGCCUUGAGAGCAGACGGACUCAUUGAUCCUUUUGUCCCCAGGCGGCCCACAACACAAGCACCAAAACAUGAUCACGAUAUUAUGUAUUAUGAACAAGCCGAACACAAUCUUCGCGAGCACCUUCGUACCUUGGACUACAAAGAUUCGAUCCGAAAGCCAUUUCAUGACCUAUUGGCGGCUGUUGGAGAGACACAGACUGUGGCACAGGUCUUACAGCGCAGUCGAUGGCGUUUUCAUGUUGAAGCCACGCCGGAGUUGUUCCAUGCCUCGAAGAUUGAGAUUAUGGGUGAAGUAUCGCAGGAAGACACACGGGUUGUGUUAAGCCGACUCGUCAGGUUUGCCCAAGUGGACAACAUUAAAGCGUUCAGGAUGUGGUUGUCGCUUCCUUGGAUAGAAUCCUUGCGCAAAGUUAGUGUCAGUCCCUUGAUAACGGGCAUUGACAUUGAGUUCUUCCUCGGCAAGAUAUCUCAUCUGUAUACCACUACUCCACAAUUCUUCGAGCUGGCAGGAAAGGUCAAUCAGAUGUUGGAGCCCUGGUUUGACAAAAUCGUCGUCUGGGAAGACCUACAAGAGCGUGUAAAGCAGUUUGUGCAGAAAACACCGUUACGCGCCAUGUCGUGGUCAGACAGAGACAAGCUUGCUGCUAUGGGACUCCACUGGGAAGCCACAUUCACAGUCCCCCCUUCAGAUGACGCACAACCACUCAGCCGAGGUCAUAUUCUCGAUACGCUGGUAGCGAAAGAGCUCAAAAACCACUAUGGCAAUGGCAGCGAUGCGGAGAACCGAGCCAUCGCCACAUGGUUGAAAGAGAGGUACAAUUACACGGUACAUCGGCGGCCAGUUGAAACUCGGCCUGAGGAGGCUUCGAAGUCGUCGAGCGAUGCCAUGCGGGACGCUAUGUUGGCUAGUUUGAAUGUGGAUGUGGUGGGCGACAAACCGAGUGAAGCCCAGUCUGAAGGGGAGCAGGAAGAGCAGGUCGUUUUCCGCAAACAUGGCGUCGCUGCUCCGCGCAUCCGUUUCCGCAAUACUGAGCCUUCGAUGAACAGCAGGCGCCCGCGACAGAAAGUUCUGUCAUGGUCUGGCUAUUCACUUGAUGGGGAGAAGAAGGGGGAUCAGUAGUGUCUUGUGUGUACUCAAGAUUGUUCUGGAAUCGUACUUCUAUAUGCUCUUUAGUCUGGCAGUUAGCAUUCGAUUGACUACUUGCAAAUCAUCAUUCCGAAAUUUCAUCUUGGAAGCACGUGAACACGCGCAUGCUCCAGCCACUCUCC